AUGGUACCUAAAGCUCGCAAAUCCUCGAGCUCUCCUCUCGGAGGCUCCAUACGCCAGUUUCUUCACAGAUGCAAAGUGGGGCUCCACAAGAUGUCGAAAGAGGCCCUUGAUACGGAGUCCAGCGAAGAGUACAACACUGUCAACGGGUUGUUCGACACUGGACCGAGCAAAGGAGCCUCUCAGGAAAGGACUAGUGAGGAGCGGAACAGCAGUACGUCUGUGACACUGACGCGCGAGAUGCCUUUAACAGAUGAAGAGGAUGAAUUAGAUUCAGAGGUCGAAGAGCCGGGCGACGCACCGGGAGCGAAAGAUGCGCAGACCUUUGCAACAUUUGAUGUCGUGCAAGAAUGUGCCAAGCUGCGAGCCGCCACCGGGGAGCCUUUUGUGAGAGCCGAGGAAGUCUGGAGGAGGAGGCGUGACCUGUGGGUUUCAACUACAAACGGUUCCUAUCUAGAAACUGCAGAGAAAAACAGAGAGGUGUUUAAGGAGAUUGCUCCGCGCCAAUAUGUUCGUAUUUACCGCAAGCUGGUCGUGGACGGAGUACCGCUGAAGCGGCCUCUCAACUUACAGGACGCGAUGCAAGUCGUCAACGCGGGUUGGGUAGAAACUCAGAAAUGGGAAAGGGCUGCAAAGGGACUGGCGUGA